AUGGGCAAAUCGACUAGAGAAGCAACCAAGGCAAAUACAAAGAAUGCAAAUAAGAACGUACCAGUCAGUAAAGAUAGACAAGAAGACCAAAUCCCCAAGGGAGAGACAGAAUUGUUAGAACCGUGUACCAAUGUAACUCCGGGUCAAGAACCUGUCAAGAAGAGCACUGGCAUCGAAAAGAACAUAGGCGAUGUCUUCAAUUUCGAAGAGGACAAAGUCGUUGAGUCUAACCUUAGAGGGAAAAUGCCCGCAGAAGGAGAACAUGAGUUUUUAGAUUUCAUUUGA